UUUAAGAACGGUUCGUCAUUGGAGGCUGGACCGCUGGAGCACAGAGAUAAACUGGACGUACUCCACAUAUAUUACUUCUUUGUUUGAAGAGGUAGAAUAAUAGACCACCCCGAAGAACAAUGGACGAGUCAUGCUUUGGAGCUACCAGGGGUCGCCAGUGCCGUCAAAUACUGACGGGGUGAGUGCUCCCCUAUUUUCUCUCUCGUCGCAACCAGAGGAAGGAAACUGUGCUGGCUACGGAUCCUCAAUAGUCUCACCCGCAACAUCCUCAUCGCUGAAUUUGAUUUCCCGGACCAUGGGCACACCGGCCAUGGCUGCUACAAACAAAAAGGAGUCUGAUACUCCUGGCUGGCUACACCGACAUGGCACGAGUGUGCUAGGCACAGUGGCUAGACAGGCGUGUAAGCAACCGAUCUACACCUUGGUCAUUACCGCUCUACUAGCCACCAUGACAUACACGAGUCUUCUGGAAAGGAGUUUACACCAUGCCAAUCUGACGCGGCCUUCGGAGAGUUACCUCAACCAGCUUGAUGUUACAGACUUUCUUCAGGGGAGCCGUAGUCUUCGUCUCGGAGAGGCGACCGCCUGGCGAUGGGAAACUGAGGAUGAGCCGAUGAGCGACCAAGAGGUUGCAUCCCAUUUGGCUUUGAUUACGCUCGUGUUUCCCACUGCUGAAAACAACCCAGAACUUUCUGCCGUCCAGGAGAGUGUUAUUUCUGACUUGACCGCUGCACAACCCGUCUCUCGAACACCCAGUGUCUUAUCCUCUAUCUUGAGCGAAACUUCAAUCGCUCUUUCUGUGCCUUAUAAUUACCUGGAGGAGGUUUUGCGCAGAACUCAGAACCUCCCGAAGUCGCAGGGGGAGCACUCGUGGCAAAUACGGACAUUGAAAAACGCUGGAAAAGGCAAUUCUGGUCCGAAGCUCAGGCUCUGGCUGAUAGACUUCUUGGCCUCCUUUGUCGAUUUAAUCAAGGUAUGCCUGCUUCUCAUCCGCCUAGAAUUGACAUGUUGUCGGUUCAUCCGCCUGCUAACAAUGUCAGAAUGCGCAAAUUGUCGAUAUCAUUAUCAUGUUGUUGGCAUACCUGGCGAUGUACCUCACUUUCCUGUCACUCUUCAUGUCAAUGCGCCGACUCGGGUCCCGUUUCUGGUUGGCCUCUUCGGUGCUGCUCUCUGGUUUCUUCUCCUUCUCUUCGGGCUAAAGGUCACUGUUAGCAGUGGUGUACCUACCUCCAUGAUCAUUCUUUCCGAAUGCCUGCCAGUUCUGGUAGUCAUUGUGGGAUUUGAGAAACCCAUCCGUUUAACGAGAGCCGUACUGCAUGCUGCGACCGAGGCCCACAUUCCUGCAGUACCAAUGGCCCGGCGGUCCAUACUCGAAGCCAUUGAGGUGGCCAUUAAGCGCGAGGGAUGGCGUAUCGUGCGUGACUACACUAUUGAAAUUGCUAUCCUGGCGGCAGGCGCAGCCUCGAGGGUACAAGGAGCUCUGCCUCAGUUCUGCUUUCUUGCGGCGUGGAUCCUCCUCUUUGACAGCUUGCUUCUAUUUACCGUCUACGCCAGUGUGCUCUGUGUGAAACUGGAAGUCACGCGCAUUAGGAAGCAUGUCAAGCCGCAUAGGACUCUGGAAGACGAUGGCAUGGCCACUGGUAACCAGGAAUUUAACUCCCGUAUCUUUGGCUGCAAGGUCAAGGCUGCUAAUGUAUCUCGGUGCAAAUUUCUCAUGGUUGGCGGCUUCGUGCUUUUCAAUGUGCUCCAGCUGUCGUCCCUGGCUUACGGCAACGUCAGGGUUCUUGACUGGGUGCCGUACCUGUCGAGACCUUCCAACAUCCUGAUGCCUGCCCCAAUCAACCCUUACCGAGUCGCCCGCAAUGGUCUGGACGAUAUUUUUGUGGUUGCCCGUGCGAGUAACAUUGAAACGCGCGUUACAGUGCUGCCGCCGAUCAAAUACGUCCUGCAGUCGCAGACUGAGCCUUGUGGGGAUAAUUUUGCUGGCCCGCUCUGCGAUACACUACGCGGCCGUACUCUUGGGGGCGUGCUGGCAUGGCUAGAAGAUCCAGGAAUCAGCAAAUGGGUAAUUGCUUCGCUGUUCCUAAGCCUGGUACUGAACAGUUAUUUAAUGAAGGCAGCUCGCUUGAAUUUACGCGAGCGCGAGGUGGUCCCAGACAGCUCUUCUGCAACCGUGAGCCAGUCAAAAGGCUCUUCCAAUGAGUCUGAAAAGACCAUGUCAGGGCCUAGCGAGCUGACAGACACGCGAAAAAGCGAACAAGUGGAUGCCAUGCCACAAGAAGGACGAGAAUCGCUAUUGGAAGAUGAAGAGAUAGUCAAUCUAUGCCUCCGCGGCAAAAUUCCCGGUCAUGCCCUGGAGAAAAUAAUGGAACGCCAUCCGAGGAUGAGCCGCUUGGAAGCCUUUACCCGAGCUGUCAAGAUCCGCCGCGCAGUGGUGUCUCGUACACCGUCCACUCUUGAUGUGGCAAGUGACCUAGAGUAUUCAAAAGCUCCCUUUGAAAACUACGACUAUACCCUAGUCCAUGGGGCCUGCUGUGAGAAUGUCAUUGGGUAUCUGCCAUUGCCAGUCGGUGUGGCUGGACCCCUGGUAAUAGACGGUCAGAACUAUUUCAUUCCAAUGGCAACUACCGAGGGAGUACUAGUAGCCAGCGCGAGUCGGGGCUGCAAAGCAAUUAAUGCUGGGGGCGGUGCUGUGACCGUCAUCAAUGCUGACGGCAUGACCCGAGGGCCAUGCCUUGCAUUCUCAUCCCUAUCUCGCGCAGCAGAAGCCAAGCAAUGGAUUGAUUCAGACGAGGGAAAGAAGAUACUGACCACGGCAUUCAACUCUACCAGUCGAUUUGCCCACCUGCAGGGCUUGAAAUCAGCGCAGGCUGGCACCUACCUUUAUGUCCGCUUCAAAUCGACGACUGGGGACGCAAUGGGGAUGAACAUGAUUUCGAAAGGAGUCGAGAAGGCCCUUGAAGCCAUGAAGGAGCAUGGAUUUUCAGACAUGGCGAUUAUUUCAGUGACAGGCAACUACUGCGUCGACAAGAAAUCAGCCGCGAUCAACUGGAUCGAUGGACGGGGCAAGUCAGUUGUCGCUGAGGCUUUGAUACCAGGGGAUGUGGUGCGCUCCGUGCUCAAGACAGACGUGGAUGCACUUGUUGAACUCAACACUGCUAAGAACCUGGUCGGCAGCGCCAUGGCUGGCUCUAUUGGCGGCUUCAAUGCCCAUGCAUCCAACCUGGUCGCGGCAGUUUUUCUAGCCACGGGGCAAGACCCAGCGCAGAAUGUCGAAAGUAGCAGCUGCAUCACCAUUAUGAGGAAGUAUGAGCCUCAUUGCACUGCAUCCUGGGUCCGACUAAUUUGUUUAUCUAGUGUCAACAAGAACCUGCACAUCUCAGUAUCAAUGCCGUGCAUUGAAGUUGGAACAAUCGGCGGCGGAACCAUCCUUGAACCGCAAGCCGCUAUGCUCGAUCUGCUGGGUGUUCGAGGUGCACAUGCCACCAAUCCUGGAGAUAAUGCUCGCCAGCUGGCCCGCAUUGUCGCAGCCACCGUGCUGGCAGGCGAAUUGAGCACGUGUGCUGCUUUGGCGGCGGGCCAUUUAGUCAGUGCUCAUAUGGCACAUAAUCGCAGUAAAGCGGCGGCGAAGACUGGAUGAGUACUUGCAAGAUUGGGAUGACAGGUAUGUAUUGUGACAAGAGCAUUAUGUGUUUCUGAUGCUCAUGAGCAGGUGAAUACAGCCGUACGACAUGGAAAACAGGUUUUCCCGUCUGCUCAGCUGUACAUAUUCUAUAUAUUUGUCGUGUAAUCUCAUGGAGCCCUUCUAUCUCUGGAGAAAAAGCGUCAUAUUUUCAGUAUAAGUGCUGUUAUAAAGCUAUGUCAUUUCAGCGGCCCGCUAU